AUGAACAGGCCAAACAGUCACACUUCAAGUGACACAAAGUACAGGCCAAGCAUUCAAACAACAAUUGAAACAAAGUACAGUCCCAGCCGUCAAACUAUAAAUGACACAAAUAACAGUCUCAGAUGUAAAACUACAAUUAACAUAAAGUACAGGGCCAGCUGUCAAACUACAAUUGAUACAAAGAACAGGCCCAGCAGUCACACUACAAUUGACGCAAAUGACAGUCCCAGCAUUCUAAUUAUAAUUUACACUAAGCACAGGCCCAGCAGUCAAACUAAAAUUGACACAAAGUACAGACACAGCUGUCAAACUACAAUUGACACAAAGUACAGCCCCAACAGACAAACUAUGAUUGACACAAAGUACAGCCCUAACAGUCAAACUACAAUUGACACAAAGUACAGCCCCAACAGACAAACUAUGAUUGACACAAAGUACAGCCCCUACAGUCAAACUAUGAUUGACACAAAGUACAGUCCCAACAGUCAAACUACAAUUGACACAAAGUACAGACCCAACAGUCAAACUACAAUUUACACAAAGUACAGGCCUAACAAUCAAACUAGGAUUGACACAAAGUACAGUCCCAACAGUCAAAAUAUGAUUGACACAAAGUACAGGCCCAACAGUCAAACUAUAAUUGACACAAAGUACAGUCCCAACAGUCAAACUACAAUUGACACAAGGACAGACCCAACAGUCAAACUAGGAUUGACACAAAGUACAGUCCCAACAGACAAACUAUGA